AUGACUGUGAUUUAUAAGGACAAAAGUAAAAACAUAACCUCAAAAUCUACUAGUAGCUCAAGUUCAAGCAGUUCAAGCUCUUCUAGUUCAACCAGUAGCUCUGAAAGUGAACAAGAUUCUUCUGGGGCUGAAAACAGAAACAAGAAUGAAAAGCCUACUAACAAAAUUGGAAAUAUAAAUAAAUGUAUUAAACGUCAAGGCAAAGACUCGGGAUGUAACAUUAAAAAGGAUUUUACAACCCAAGCAAUAAAAAAAACAGAAAAAGAAAAAACCGUUAAAGUGAAAAAACAAGAUGAGAAAAAAAAGAAAAAAGAAAAAAAGGGUACUAAAUUAUCUUCUAAAGUUAUUGAUGGUGAAAAAAUAACAAAAUCGGAAAAAGAAAAAGGAAUUAACCUCCUAAAAGAUAUAAACAAUGAUGAAUAUUAUUCGGAGGAAGAAUUACAUGAAGUACCAGUUUUUUAUAAAUAG